ACAGAGACGCAAAUGCACCACGGACGCAUCUUUUUCCCCGCAAGGACGCGGGCCAUGGCAAUCUCUCUCUAAAGGACAAACCGUGGCUCUACCACAAUCUCCACCAUUCCCAUUCUUCCUUUCUUCGCCCCUGUCUGCUCAUUUUCCUCUACCCUUCCGCUCUUUCUCUCUAUCUUCUCCAUCUCUUCACAUUCUGAUUUUCUUCUCUCUUUCGUGAUCUCUCCCUGCGUCAAUUUCGUACCAUGUAGAUCUGCUUCCAACCCUCUUACUUCAAAUACGCAUCGAAAUUUCUGAGCUUGAUCUCGGCCUUACUUCCCAAUUUCUCUUUUGAACAAUCUAUAAUUUUAUUCUCUGCAAUGUCCUCCCUUCGUCCAGAUCUAACCUGCAGAAUCUACCCGGAACCCGAUGUGGUCGAAAUUGAUCAUUUCGAUCGCCUCCCAGACUCUCUGCUUCUCCUGGUCUUCAACAGGAUCGGCGAUGUCAAGGCUCUUGGUCGGUGUUGUGCUGUUUCCCGUCGAUUCCACUCUCUAGUGCCCGAGGUUGAAAACGUCGUCGUUCGUGUGGACUGUGUUAUAUCCGACGACGAUUCUUCGUCUUCUGCGGCUUCGUCAGACAAAUCUCGUGGCCCCUUCUCUAAUCUGUUUCGGUUAGUGUUCGGAGGAAUUGUGAAGCCCCUUCAAGCUCUGGGUCAAUUGUUAGGUCCCAGAAGGGCUUCUUUGAGUACAGGUUCUUCGUCUUCGUCGUCCUCGCUUGCCGUUGGGAGUGAAGACGUGGAAGGCGAGCAAGGCGGUGUAACCCAUCACUCACCUACUCAAGUUUUGAAGAACUUCAAUGAGAUUCGGCUUCUUCGAAUCGAGCUUCCCAGUGGGGAAUUAGGAAUAGAUGAUGGGGUUUUCUUAAAAUGGAGAGCUGAUUUCGGGUCAACUUUGGAUAAUUGUGUAAUCUUAGGCGCUUCUUCGGUCAUUCACCCAAGAAAGUCUUUGAAUUCUCAGGAUGAGAAUUCUGAUGCCUCAGGUGGCAACUAUGGUGGUGAUGACAAUGGAAGCAUACCUGAUUCGUUUUACACUAACGGGGGUCUGAAACUUAGAGUUGUUUGGACAAUCAGCUCUUUGAUUGCUGCUUCUGCAAGGCACUACUUGUUGCAGCCAAUCAUUUCAGAGCAUAGAACAUUAGACAAUUUAGUUUUGACAGAUGCUGAUGGGCAGGGUGUGUUAUAUAUGAAUAGGGAUCAGCUGGAGGAGCUGAGGGUGAAGCCUCUUUCAGCUUCUUCAGCAUCAAAGAGGACUCUUGUGCCUGCCCUCAGCAUGAGGCUUUGGUAUGCACCCCACACAGAAUUGCCAAAUGGGGUUGUUUUGAAGGGCGCAACCCUUGUUGCAAUUAGGCCAAGUGAGCAAUCCGCCAUGGGGAAGAAGGAAAUGUCUGAUUUGUCCUGGGUUUCAACGGCAUUUGAAGAGCCUUAUGGGACUGCCGUGAGGAUGCUGGUGAAGAGGAGGACCUACUGUCUUGAGAUGAACUCCUUCUAAUGCGAGUAAUAGGAUAGAAGUGAAUGAAUAGGGGAACUUGAAAGUUCAUGACUGAAGGAAUUAAAAGUUCAGCAUCCAUGGAGUGGAGUGGAGUGGAAGCAGGUCCCUUGCUUGAUCAGAACUCUUUUCUACCUCUGAAAGUGCAUCCUAUAGUUGAAUGGCUUUUAAAGGGGUUGGUGUCAGUGUCAUUCGCCUAUGUUUAUCUGAACUGAUGACUAAAUGCAUUUGCUGGUUGUUUUUAGAGGCAAUACCUGUAAGAGUUCUGGCACACCUGCAUCUAGAUGAUGAUCUUGUGAAAGCUUUGAGCUUGUAGUCAUUUACUCUUCCAGUUAUCCAUCUGUGAAUAUUCUAGGUUUUUUUGGCUUGGUAUCCUUUUGUGAAAUAUACAUCUGAAGUUAAAGGAGCAAUGCAAUUUUCUUUAUCUGUACUGGUCAAAAGAACUUGCUCAGGUUUCGAGCAUAUAAAUAGAUGUAAAAAAGCAGAUGAAGUUGUAUUGAA